UUGAAAAGGAAUGGCUUCAGGAGUUGGCAAUGUCCUACAAAGCUCAGAAAAGCUCCGUCUCAGCGGCAGUUAAGCAGCUCCAAUCCUCUCCCCACCACCAACUCUCUCUGUUCAACCUUUCCUUUCUCUCCAUUUUCCCUUAUCCCUUUCAUUCUCAGCUUCAAUUUCACCUUCCUUUCUUUUCUUCCCCAUCCGCACAUUCAUUUCCUCAAAUGCAGAGACUACCCAUCUGAAAUUAGAGGGAAGAUGCCGCUGGUCAGAGUCCAGGUGAAGAACGAGUUCGGGCUUGGGAAGCCCGACCUCUACGUGGACUCCAACAAUGAAGAUCCGAAACCCGUCCUUGACGGUGUCGCCGUUGCUGGCCUCGUCGGGAUCUUGAGGCAGUUGGGUGAUCUUGCUGAAUUUGCGGGGGAGGUUUUUCAUGGGUUGCAGGAACAGGUUAUGACAACAGCUUCUAGAAGUCACAAAGUGAUGGUUCGUGUCAAACAGAUUGAAGCUGCUCUUCCUUCCCUUGAAAAGACAAUGCUAGCUCAAACAAGUCACAUUCAUUUUGCUUACACAGCUGGUUCUGAGUGGCAUCCUCGAAUUCGAACUGAACAAAAUCACUUCAUCUAUCAUGAUUUGCCACGAUUUAUUAUGGACGCCUAUGAAGAAUGUCGUGAUCCACCACAACUUCAUUUGCUUGAUAAAUUUGAUACGGGAGGUCCUGGAUCUUGUUUAAAGCGUUAUUCAGAUCCAACAUUUUUCAAAAGAACGUCAACCUUUGGAAAAAUAAGCUUGGAGAAGGUUCAGAGUGACAAGAAGGCUCACAAGAUUAAGAGAAAAAGAUCAUUGGUGCGCGAUGGAGAAAUGAUACGUGGUGCAUCAGUUUCCAAUAUUAAUAACAGUUUGCAGUUUACCUCCUUUUCCAAUGAAGGAGCAUCCCUUUCUCAGACUGCUACAACUGAUCGGAUAAUGAAAUCAGAUGCUGGGGACUCUUCAAAUUCUUUUGAUUCUGGAACAGGGUCAGGAUAUGCUGGAAGUCUUUUGAAAUUAGGUUCUUCCUUGCAAACUAAAGAACAGGAAUUUAGGGAAUCUUCAAGUUCAAGUUUGAUGCAGUUUAGUGAUGCUAUUGAUUCAGUUCUCCCAGAUGAACAAAGUAGGAUUGUAGAUGAUAAAUAUCAGUAUGCACUAGAAGAUCAAAUAGAUUCGAGUUUCUCCCCUCAUGUCACAUGGGACGAAAAGGCAGAAAUAUUGAAGCCCAAUAAUCAGCAGGAUGUUAGAGAAAAGACAGAAAGAGUGCAGUCUAGAGGUCAAGAGGAUGUUAGAGAAAUGGCAGAAACAAUGCCGCUAAGAACUCCACUGGAUGUUAGAGAAAUGGCAGUAUUUGUCCACCCAAGGUCCCAACAUGAUGUUAGAGAAAUGGAAGAAAUAGUGCAGCCAAGGACAAAACAGAAUGUUAGAGAAAUGGCAGAAAUAGUGAAACUAAGGACUCAACAGGAUGUUAGAGGAAUGGCUGAAAUUGUGCAGCCAAGGACUCAAAAGGAUGUUCAAAAAAUGGAAGAAAUAGAGCAGCCAUGGACUGAACGGGAUGUUGGAGAAGUGGCAGAAAUAGUGCAGCAAAGGACUCAGCAGGAUGUUGGAGAAACAGCUGAAAUUGUGCAGCUAAGAGAAGUGGAAGAAAUUGAGCAGCCAAGGCCCCAACAGUGUGUUAGAAAAACUACAGAAAUUGUGCAGCCAAGGACUCAAAAGGAUGUUGGAGAAAGGGCAGAAAUAGUGCAGCCAAAGGAUGAACAGGUUGUUAGAGAGAUGGCAGAAAUUUUGCUGCCUAGGACUCAACGUGAUGUUAGAAACAUGGCAGAAAUCGUGCAGCCAAGGACUCAGCAGGGUGGUUUAGAAAAGGUGGAAAUGGUGGAGCAGGGAAGUCAACAGGAUGGUAGAGAAAAAGCGGAGAUGGUGGAGCCGAGGAAUCAACAGCAUGAUAAAGUUAAAGAUCAAGAACAUAAAGUUCCUAUACCUAAAUCUACUCUGGAUCCACAUGAAACGGAAGGCUUUUACCUUAUAAAUGAUGAACAAAUGAGCAUGCUAGGUAAUAAUGGCCACCCAUUAGAAUCAAUUUAUGACGGGAAUGUGUUUGAUGAAAUCGAAAGUGAAACAGACAAUUAUAUGGAUGCACUCAACACAAUUGAGUCAGAAUCUGAAACUGACCUUGAUUGCCAGACAAAACGAGAAGUAGAGCCAUGCUCGUCCGAUAUAAAGUGUGAAGUAGUAGAUCCAAUGCAGGACCUCCUUGAAUCUAGUUUAGGUCCUGAUAUUCCAAUUCUUAACCCGAGUAAUGAGUCUCAAAAGUCCUUGGACAAAGGUAUUGUUUCCGGUCUACCAAAUUUAGUUUCGUCAGAUAAUUUUUAUCAUGAUCAAAGGCUUGAAAACACCAUGAAGGUUUCUAGUCCUGACUGUCCCCUAAUAACUGAUUUGCAUGGCAAGGAAAGUUCCACAUUGGAAUCUAAUACCACUGAUUCCUUCCCUCCAGACUCCAAUUCUAGUUUAGAGGAUCAGUCGGGAGUUAAAUUGUUGAACAGGGUGCAUGAAUCUGAAAAAGCUUCUUUCUCCAGCAAUCUUUCAGAUAAGUUCUGGACUAAUGGUGGCUUGCUAGGACUUCAGCCAUCAAAACCUCCUUCUUGGGCUGUACCAAAUGCUGCUUGUGAGGACUCAAGUAAAGGUGAGAAACGUGGCCCUUCUGAUCAGGCAUAUGUGAUUAAUGGUAAUGCACAGGAAAUGAAAUUGAAUAAUUUGCCCAAGGAUUUUAUUAGUAAUGCAAAAGAUUCAACUUCUAAUAUGUCGUCAUUGCACCAUGAUGAUCAGAAAUAUGAUACAUUGAGUAGAAUAUCGAAUUGUACUCCAUCUCAGGAAUUGUCAAGAGGUAGUCUAAAUGUCAAGAAUGAAAGUUUUAGUGUUGAUCGUUCAAGUGAUGGAUCUAGUUAUGCUCAUAUGAAUGAUGUGGUAAAAAGAAAUGUGAUAGCAGCUGGAAUUGCAUCUCCAGCUGUACCUAAUGCCAAUGGAAUGCGUACUCAAACCAAUUUGGAGAAAGAUGAAAACUCUAAUAAAAAUUCUGGACCGACCCAUCAAUUGCUUGUAAAUGGCUUUCAUAGAAAACUGACGCUAAUACACGACGAAAGGUUUGAGACUACAUCUAUGGAUACAGAUGGUCCAGGGAAGAGAAAUGCCUACCAAGAUACUGUUUUACAAACAAUGUAUGAAAGGACUUCCAAAGAGCACUUAGGUUGUGAUUCUUCCAUAGAUUCAUGUCCUCCUUCACCCCCACUUGAUCACAUGAAAAUCUCUUUUCAUCCUGUUUGUGGUUUUGAAGUUUCAAAAUUGAAACUGAGAUUUCCUGAUGGCAGUGAAGGCCGUGGAAACAUGAAGGACAUAUUUCCAUCAUUUCAGUUGGCCCCGGAGGAGUCUAUUUCUGUGCAUGAAAUUGGCUCUGAGUCUGAUGAUGACACAUUCUGUAGAUCAUCUCCAUGUAUGUCAGAUGAUUGUCUUAGUGAUCACUCUAAGUCAAAUUCUGACCUGUGGGAGUCAGAUGACACUCCAGAAACCACAGGCAAGAACUCGUAUGAUUUGUGCCACAUGUCACAGAUGGAUUCUUUACCUACAUCAUUUGGGCUCGAGGGAAUAACAAAAAGUGGCAUAACUAUGGACGAUGAAAGUGGAAAUUUGAACGUUAGGAAGGGAAUGGAUGAAUCUCUUUCUGGUCCAUUACUUGAUCUUCCAUGUUUUGACAUUGUGAACCCUGUAAUAAGUGGAAGAGUCGAUUCUUUUGCUCAAGAACUAGACUCAAGCGAUCGUGCCUAUCAAACAAGGCAUAAUGAUAUUGAUGCGGCAAAUCUUCUUAAGUCGCAAUGUUUAGAUAGUCCAACUCCAACUCCGCCACCUCUUCCUCCUGCACAAUGGUGCAUUUCAAAAACAUCCUUAGACGUGUCUGAUGACCUGAAGGAUUUAUCAGUUCAUCCAAAACAAGUGGAACCAAUUGUCUCGCAGCAAAUAACACAUGCACCCAAUGCAACCAAGCCAAAUGGCAAGGAGCCGGAACAAGUGGUAGCGGAUGGCCAGAAACAAUUGAACCACAUAAGAAAUGGCAAAGUGACGGAUGCUAGGGAAGAUUUCCUGCAACAAAUUAGAGCAAAAUCCUUCAACCUACGACGCACAGUGACUGAGAAGCCCAGUACUCCAGCAGGACCUGCUGCCCACGUCAAAGUCACAGCAAUUUUGGAGAAGGCCAAUGCAAUUCGCCAGGCUGUUGGUAGUGACAAUGGCGAAGACGACGAUUCAUGGAGCGAUGCCUGAUCAUAGAUUCACCUAUUUUUCCCUGAGAAGCAAUUCUCACAAAGGUGCUAGUAGUCGCAAUUGUAAUAAAAUACAUAGUAUGGCUUUGUGAAUAAGCUUAUUUACUUUUGUAAGUUGUAGUAGAGUUUAUCAUGUAUCUUAUUGGCCUAAUUAGGAUAAAGUGUAUUCCAUGUAAACAAUGAGGAUUCAAGUAUUAGGUGUUGGGAAAGAUAAGUUUCAAUUCAACAUACUUGCAGCAAGCAAUACGGUGCAUUAGAAAGGAAAAAAAAGGCUGAAAAUGCUUGUAAAUUCUAUUCUUUUAGCUUUUACUUCUGCU